CGGAAGUUGUCGUUCGUGUCUCCAAUGAGUAAAGAUCUAAAAAGGACCACAUGAGAAUAUUCUGCUAACAUCAGCCACAUGCGAUACGAAGACAUGUAGGCAUUGGGACCGUUGGCGAUUGGUUUAAAUUGAAGUAACUUUGAGGAAAUAUUUAUCAAAUAUGAGUGACAUUCAAGAAUAUUCAGAUGUGGUACAGGAAGUCCGAGGUGCUCUGAAUGCAGGCAAGCUAAAGUUGCAGAGUACAAGUGUUAGUUUCAAAAACAUUAAAACUGGAAAAGUUGACCAAUACCAAAGUACAGAUGUUGACAAAGUGUACUGGUUAAAACGAGCAAGAGGAUAUUGUUUAAAGUUCAUGUUGGAUACAGGAAUUAUUCACAGAUAUGAUGGAUUCAAAGAAACGGAUUUUGACAAGCUGUCCAGUUUUGUUUCAAAAUAUUAUGAAACAUCCUUAGAAAAACAAGAUUUAUCUGUGAAGGGAUGGAACUGGGGAAUUGCAAACUUCACAGGAAACUCCUUAAGCUUUGAGGUGGACAACAAACUUGCUUUUGAAGUACCCCUCAACAACGUUUCCCAUACAACUACCUCUAAGAGUGAAGUGACGUUGGAGUUCCACCAGAAUGACGAUGCCGCUGUAUCACUCAUGGAACUGCGUUUCCAUAUUCCUGGACAGCCAGCUGCUGCAGCUCUUGCAGCGGCAAAUGCUGAAAAGGGAGAAAUCACAGAGAUCAAAGAUCCAGUACAGGAAUUUUACGAGAACGUUCUCGACAAAGCAGAUAUUAUCCAGGCGACUGGAGAAACUAUUGCAGUAUUCACCGAAAUACAUUGUCUCACACCUAGGGGUCGAUACGACUUUAAGAUAUACCCAACUUUCCUACAACUCCACGGUAAAACCUUUGACUAUAAAAUCCCCUACACAACAGUUUUACGGUUGUUCCUGUUACCGCACAAAGAUGGCAGACAGAUGUUUUUUGUGGUGAGUCUGGAUCCUCCAAUCAAACAGGGCCAGACGAGAUAUCCAUUUAUCAUUCUCCUCUUCCAAAAGGAUGAUGAGAUGACGUUAGAGCUGGGACAGUCCGAUGAAGACUUCGAGACUAAGUACGAGGGUAAACUACAGAGAGAGAUGUCCGGCCUUGAGUACGAGGUCAUCAGUCGUGUGUUUAAGGCUGUAACGAACAGAAAGAUCACCGUCCCUGGGACAUUUGUCGGGAGUUCUGGAACCAAUGCAGUCAGCUGCUCCUACAAAGCAGCCACAGGUUUCCUGUACCCACUAGAGAGAGGGUUCAUAUUCAUACACAAACCUCCCAUGCACAUCCGCUUCGAUGAGGUGGCCAGCGUUAACUUUGCGAGAAGUGCAGGCAGUUUAAGGUCAUUUGACUUUGACAUCGAGACAAAGUCAGGCACCAUGCACACCUUUGUUGGUGUAGAAAAGGAUGAAUAUGGCAAAUUGUAUGAUUUUGUCAGUAACAAGAAACUUCGAGUGAAGAACAUUGGUGGAAAACUGGACCAGAAGCAGAAGAAUGCUAACUAUGCCGAUGAUAUGAGUGCCAGCGACGAUGAUGACGGUGAUCACGACGCCUACCUGGAGAGGAUGAAAGCUGAAGGAAAGGAUCGGUACAGUGACGACGAGGACGACGACACAGACAGCUCAGAUGAGUCCUUCAACCCAGGUGACAGUGGUAGUGAAGUGGCUGAAGAGUAUGACAGUAACCCGCCAACAACAUCUGAGUCUGAUGAGGCAGAUGCAGGCAGCGGUCCAGAGGCUGUGGCCAGACGAGAGGCCAAGCGAAAGGAGAAGGAAAAGAGGAAGGCCCGCACUGCUAAAACUGUUCGAGAGCCUGGUCAGAAGCGGACCAAGCGGAAGAAGAAGAACAAAAACCGAGAUCCAGACAAGCCAAAACGGCCAAUGUCGGGCUAUAUGAUCUGGUUCAACACAAACAGGGAGAAAAUGAAGACUGAUCACCCAAACAUAUCCAUCAUCGAACUCUCCAAAAAGGCUGGCGAACUCUGGAAGGAAAUAACAGAUAAAACAGAGUGGGACGAGAAGCACGCCAAGGCAAAGGAAGAAUACCUCGUGGCAAUGGAAGAAUACAAUAAACGACCAAAGAAAGAAGUGGAAAAUGAACCGGGUGACAGUGAUGAUGGAAGUGAUGGGGAGAAAAAGACGAAGAAAAAGAUCAAAAAGAGUCCCAAGUCUCCCAGUGCGUCCAAGAGUCCAGCUAAAAAGGUCACAGAAAGCCGAGCAGGGGCAGGAGAAUCUUACAAGAGUAAGGAGUUCAUCUCGAGUUCUAGCUCAUCAGACGAGAACAAACCCCUGAAGAAAAAAGUCAAAAAGGAGGCGAAGAAAGAAGUGAAGAAGGAAGAAAGUGAAGAGGACAAAGAGAGUAGUGUUGGAGAGCUGCCUUCUGACGAAGAAAUCCUUCCAUCACCACCGUCUUCCGGGAAGGGAUCCGGAUCAGAUGAAACCGAUACAGACGAUGGCUCGGAUUGAGAUACCAAAACGAUAACACACAGAUAAUAUCACAGAGGCUUUCAUCAGAAAACCAGUGGAACAGGAAAAUGUUGACCAAGGGAGUUGAAGAGACAAAUUGAAUGUGAUUUAAGUCCAUUUCAAUCUUAAAGACUGGGAUAUACCUGGGACAAAUGGUUCUUUAUCUGACAUCAGACGUUACGAGAAUUAUGCAUGUGAAAUUAUAGUAAUCAAAGUACAGAAUCGAUGGUGUCGUAAUUAUGACUUAUGAAGACUGUUGUUCAUGAUUUCCUGUUGUGCACGACUCAUGUCUCAUAUUUUCAGAAUCAUGUAUUUCAAAUAUUUAAAAAAAAAAAUCAUGUUAUGUGAUUUUGACACUGAACACAGUGCUAUGUAUUAUACAAUGAUUUUGACUAUGUCUUAUUUGCCGUGUGUAAUAGCAUUGCAUGACUUUCGGUUUGUGAUGACACAAAUUGAUCUGUUAUGACGUCACAAUUACGACAAUAUACAUGAUGUUGUAGAUUUUUAGAUGGCAUUGUUGAAAAUAUGACGACAGUGAGAGGAAAUCUUAGUUUCACAACAUUCUUAAAUAAUGGUGGGAGAAAAUCUCAAUAUCUGACAGAAUAUUCCUCAAUAAUUUGGUUUGGUGGUAAACAAGCAUAUGAUUCAUACGAGAUUUUUAAAGCAAUCUCUGAGGUAUCAUUUCAGCCUUUACUUAAAUUGAAACAUCUUGACAGAUUUUGUAAACAGUAUUAUAAUUUCAUACUUAUUGGUGAUGAGGUGUCUUGAGUGGAAGUGAUAAAACACUGGUCAUAGACAAUGGGGACAGUAGUUGUUGUAACAAGUAUUUCUCCACAAAGUGUAAAUAUUAACAGUGCUUUUGAUAUUCAUUGUUAUCUUGAAAAUGGAAAAGUUCAAGAAGAAUAUAAUUUUGUACAGAAGUUGACAACAAUAACAUGUAUUGAUCAGUGUAUGUUUGGUUGUUUAUAAGAUGUGCUAUUAAAGUCAUAUGUAAAUUGG